AUGAGCUCUUACUUUGUAAAUGCAACAUUUCAUUCCAAAAUAACUGAAGCAGCUGAUAUUAUUGUUGGAAUCUUCUAUAUCAUAUUUGGCAUAUGCUCCAUUUUUGGGAACAGUAUCCUCCUCUAUGUUUCCUUCAAGAAAAAGAACAUGUUGAAACCAGUAGAAUACUUCAUGAUCAACCUGGCCAUCAGUGACCUUUGUAUGACUCUGACCUUGUACCCUCUAGCUGUUAUGUCUAGCCUUUCACACAGGUGGUUAUUUGGUCAACAGGUUUGCUUGUUCUAUGCAUUUUGUGGGGUGUUCUUUGGAGUCUGCAGUCUAUCUACACUAACAUUACUUAGUACUGUGUGCUGCCUAAAAAUCUGUUUCCCAGUUUACGGGAAUAGAUUUAGGCGAGAACAUGGCUGGAUCUUGAUAGCCUGCACUUGGGUCUAUGCAGCCAUUUUUGCCUUUUCCCCACUGGCUCACUGGGGAGAAUAUGGAGUCGAACCGUAUGGUACAGCAUGUUGCAUUGACUGGCACUCAUCAAAUGUAAACUCAACAGCAAUGUCUUACAUGAUUGUCCUUUUUGUUUUCUGCUUUAUUAUCCCCUGUGGAGUAAUUGUUACCUCCUAUACUCUAAUUCUGAUUACGGUGAAAGGAUCCAGAAAAGCAGUGAAACAGUAUGUCUCAGGACCCACCAGGAUGAGCAGUGUACAGGCUAUUACAGCCAAGCUGAGCAUUGCUGUAUGCAUUGGAUUUUUUGGUGCCUGGAGCCCAUACACUAUUAUUGCCAUGUGGGCAGCCUUUGGAUCAAUAGAGAGGAUUCCUCCACUAGCCUUUGCUAUACCUGCUGUAUUUGCAAAGUCUUCAACAUUCUAUAACCCAAUUAUGUAUCUUGUGCUAAAGCCCAAUUUCCGAAGCACCAUCGCCAAAGAUUUUUCUGUUCUCCAGCAAUUAUGCAUCAAGACUUGCUUUUGUUCCAAGCAUGUACAGAACUGCUCUUAUAUAUCAGUUCUGGAAAUCUGCUCAAAAUCAUUUAAAGGAAGAAAUGAAUCCAGCAGUAACUCUGUGCAGACAGUGGAAGAAUUUUCUUAUUUUCCUUGUGAAAAAUGCAAUGAUACUUUUGGAUGCUUUAAGAACUACCCGAAGUGCUGCCAAGAGAGGCUAAAUACUAUGGAACACACUGUUCAAGAAAACAUAUCUUUGGAAAACAAUUUUCAAUCAAAUAUAAAACAUGCUUCUGAAAAACAUGUAAAAGUUGUUGUCCGAGGAGAAAAAAGCACUGAAAUUGAUAGCUUGGAAGUAACAUUAGAAAACAUGCCUACAGAUACUAGAUUUGCCAGUCUCUAG